AUGCUCUUCCGCUUCCGCGCCGCGCAAGCCGCCGACCUCGGCAUCCUCGACAUAUCGCGCACGCGGCGGCCCAAACUCAUCACCUCGAUAACCUCGAUCCCCGUCUGCGAGAAGUGGCGCGGCCAGGUGCUCAAGGAGAUCAGCCGCAAGGUCACCAAGAUCCAGGACCCGGCGCUCAGCGAUUUCCAGAUACGAGAUCUCAAUGACGAGAUCAACAAGCUGAUGCGCGAGAAGCACAUGUGGGAGGUGCAGAUACGUGGGCUCGGGGGGCCGAAUUUCGCGCGGGGUGGGAGGGUCGUUGACGAGGAGGGGAGGGAGGUUCCGGGGGGUGGGAAGGGGUAUAGAUACUUCGGCCGCGCGCGCGACCUCCCCGGCGUAAAAGAGCUCUUCGAUGCCGCAAAACCAGCCCAGCAAGCUGCUCCCACAGAGGCCCAAACCCGCGCUCAGCUCUCCCGCAACAUCGACGCGUCGUACUACGGCUACAAUCUCGACGAAGAGGACGGGACACUGCUGGAAUACGAGGCGCAGAGGGAAAAGGAGGCGGUUGAGAAACUGAUGGCGGAGCCAGAUGAGGUGGAGGGGCCGGUCUCGCCGACGAAGAGAAGGAAGGGGAGGGAGGUUGAUGAUGCGGUGUGGCAAGAGUUGCCCGGGGAUGCGGGGGAUGGGGUGGGCUGGAGGGUGCCGAGUUUGGAGGAGGUGCAGGAGGAGUUGGUGGAGCGGAGGAGGCGGAGGUUGUUGGAUAAGCUUGGGUGA